AUGACAUCGACAAAGACGAUUCCACAAGUACUUUCAUGUCAAGAAUUGAAAGAGCUUCUUCAAACGUCACCACCACAGGUUGUAGUACUCGAAGCCGAUAUCGGCAAGCAAGUUGAAGCUAAUUUUAAAGAAGGUCAUAUUCCGACAGCUCAAUAUUUUGAUCAACUUGAAUAUACUACGCCGACAGCAUUCAUUCCACGUGGUUUACCUGAUGUCAAAAGUUUCGAAGACUAUCUGACACGUUUAGGAGUUUCGAAUGAAGAUCAUAUUGUUCUGUAUGAUCGUUCAGCAGCAGGCUUCUUUGCUGCUGGUCGUGCUUGGUUUUUGCUUAAGACAUAUGGUGUCGACAAUGUGUCGAUUCUCAAUGGUGGUUUUCAGGCGUGGGCGAGAGAAAUCAACGAGAUUGAAACAUUGGAGACUAAUCCUCCAAAAAAAGAGACGAAAAAGUUCACUGUGAAAUUGAACGAACAAAUGGUGCGAUAUUUCGAUCAAAUAACGUCAAAUCUCUCUUUGGACGCCAACAGUUCUCAACGUGUGCAAGUUGUUGAUGCUCGACCACCAAAUCUAUUCUAUGGUGCCGAGGCUGGUCAUAUGCCUAAUGCCUUGCAUUUGCCUUACGGAUCGUUAUUCGAUCAAGCCAAUCAAUACUUGAAAUCAAACGAUCAACUUGCAGAAAUCUUCAAAAAAGCUGGUGUUGACUUAUCAAAACCGGCCAUUUACACGUGUCAAGGUGGUAUAACAGCUAGUGUACUGGCUUUUGUUGCCCAUUUACUUGGUCAAAAUGAACAUUCUGUUUACAUGGGUGCAUUUACCGAAUGGCAACAACGUGCGCCGGCAGAUAUGAUCAUCAAAGGCGAUGUUAAACCCACCGUUAGUUAA